AUGCCAAUUUCAUUAGCCUCAUUUGUUCCAUUUCAUAUAAAAUUCAUAAGAUAUAUCCUCUAUCAAAAUAACUAAGAUGCUCAAUAUAGCUUAUUUCUAUAAGCAUUCUGCCUCUUUGAAUAGGUAUAAAAACUUUCAGAAAAUGAAAUUCAAGUUAUUUUUACGAGUAUUUAUCAUCUAGUGGUGUUGUCAAGAUUCCAACGAAGUUGAAAGUGAUAGCCAGCUUCCUAGAGUCAUGCAGCUUGAAACCAACUCAAACGUUUCUCAUUCACGAUUUUCUCAUCAUUUUGAACAAGGAGUUAGUGGAGUUCAAGGGACUGUAGAUGAGAGCAAUUUAAGCCUUUAUAUGACUCCAUUGACAGAAAAAGAAAUUUCUGAAUAUCCAAAAAUAAAAAUAACAGUGGUUGAUAGCACUGUUAUUGAGCCUGGCACCGCACUACACAUAAAUGCAGCUGGGAUGAUUAAUUCAAGAAGGAAUAAAUCCGAUUUGUGUACUUAUAUAGGAGCUGCUGAGAUGGAUGGAGAUGAGGUUAUAAAUGACUUUGUGGUAGAUGAGCUAGAUAAAGGUAUGGGAAAAAAACAUUUGGUCAUAAAAUUUAUACCAAAUAAAGGAAAAUAUUUUAUAUCAGACUUAGGUGAAGGAUCAAGGCUUAUUAAGGUUAAAUUUCGUAUUAUUGAGAAACUCCCGCAUCAACGCGCUAGCGGCGAAUUCUUCGGUUUCGUCUUCUUCAGUCAUCUUGCCAAGCUCAUUCUGGAGGGCAGAACCUGAUCUGGCAGACAAUUCAAGUAUGAUUUGUCGAACUUCUCUGAGCCGGGCUUGAUCGUUGUGCAUAGAAUGUGUGGACUGCGGUACCGUGUUGUACGCAAACGGGGUUACCCUUCCUGAAAAUACGAAAAAUCAAAUUUUCUGUCCAAUUGAGACAGAGCUCCGUCCCAGGGGCAACGCCUGGUAUCGCGCUUAAAAGCUGCCAGAAUGGUCAAAAGACGCUGCUGAGCUUUCCAUUUGCAACUCCGAAAGACUGUCUACCCUCGAGGUAAAACUCUGAUUUGGAUGUGAGCAUGUUUCCGGCUAACCCAAAUUGCGCUGGCAGAUACUUAUUCCAGAACGUGUUCUCCCUUCCAUAAGAUCCCCAGGUCUCCCUUGCUGCAGGUAUUGGAGGACAGGUUUGAUCUCCAUGCCAUUUUUAGUAUAGACGUAGGUGAAGGAACAGGGACUUUUGUAAGAAUUGACGCUCCAUUAGUUCUUCGAGACAGUUACAUCAUUUCAUUCGGCGAUUCACACAUGGCAACUCAAUUUGUUCCAAAUAUGCCAAAGUAAGUUCUAAAUAGCAAAAUAAGUUUAAAAUUUUUAGAAGGCCCAAAACAAAAUGAAGUGAUUACUUUCACAGACGCCGAAGGAAAAAUUUUGAUUGGAAGAAUGGUGGAUUGUAGGAUCCGAUUCGAAGAUAACAGCAUGUCAAGAUACCAAUGCAAUAUCCAAUAUUUCCCGGACCGAGGAUGGGCAUUAGAAGACGGAGAUGGCAAUAAAAAGUCAACAAAUGGGACUUGGCUAUUUGUAGAAGAAGAUUUUGAGAUUUAUAAUGCCAUGGUCUUCAAAGCUGGCAAAAGUUUGUUCGAAAUAACUUUUGAAUAA